GAUUGUCCGAGUUCGGUUUUUGUUUGUUUGGUUGAUUCGAUGCCGUCGCUGCUGUUCUGCGGGCCGAAGCUCGCCGCCUGCGGGAUCGUUCUUAGCGUUUGGGGCGUCAUCAUGCUGGCCAUGUUGGGAAUCUUUUUCAGCGCCAAGUCGGCCGUGUUGAUUGAGGACGUCCCCUUCACCGAGGAAGACAUCCGUGACGAUAAAAACCCGCCGCAGAACAUCUACAGCCUCUACAACAAGGUUGCUGUCAACUGCUUCAUCGCUGCCGCAGUCUACGUGGUGGUGGGUGCCGUGGCGCUGUGCCAGGUCCGCCUGAACAAACGGCAGGAGUACAUGGUGACAUGAAGCCCCGUCCUGACCUUUGACCCCAACCUGCUCCUCUGUGGUGCCCAUUGUUUGUUUCAUUCCUUCAUAUGUUGAUUCAUCGAAGUGACCAAAAGCUUCAGAAUUCCUGCAUGUGAAACUUGAUUCAUCACAAUGAAUCACAAUUCUGAUGAUUGUUUUCUUAUGAUUAUUGGUGAUUUCCUUUAAUUCCUGUCGGUGGUUUUGAACCACUGAAGUAAAAACACGGCAAGUAAACACAAUUUUAAGAAAAGUGUUUUCAGACAUAAUUACUGUCAUUUGUAGUCCUGAUGAUAAAAUCCUAAGGUCAUUUUUAAAAGCGUAUUUAUUUAUUUAUCUCCGGGUCAGUGUGGACAUUUUACUUUAAAGUCACUUUGGACCAUUUUAACAUGCUCAACAUAUACCUGAAUUCAGAUUAAAAACUGCUUCAAUGGUUCAAACUGGUUUUCAGUGUUUCACAAGAAAAAAAAUCCUUCAAUAAAAUGUGAAAAUACAUCAAGAA